AUGCAUGACGUAGAAAUAAUUAUCUUGUGUUCUGUUGUGAUUGGUGUAUUAGGUGAACUCACUUUGACUGAGAGAGAUGCCGCUAAAUGGGCUUCAUCACCUUUUGAAAACGAUACGUCAAUAAGGCCAUUUACUGUUACCUUCUGCGAAUAUGAUAUCAAAGAUUUGAAGACUCGCCUCAGUGACUCAUCAAGGUCAUUUGUUCCUUCACUACAAGGAGUUGGGUUCGAGUAUGGAUUUAACAGCAAACUGUUGCCUGAAUGGAGGUCGUAUUGGGCUAAUCAGUACAAUUUUAAAGCUCGUUUAUCAUAUAUAAACAAAUACCCACAGUUCAAGACGAAUAUUCAAGGGACUGAUGUUCAUUUUGUUAGAGUCCUUCCUCAGAACACAGUAUUCUGCGAAGUUCUCCCCCUUCUCAUCUUGCACAGUUUCCCCAGCACUUUCCUCGAAUUCUACAAAGUUGUACCACGAUUGACAAGAUGUGUUAAUGGACUCGCAUUUGAAGUCAUCCUUCCUAGCAUUCCCGGAUAUGGAUUUUCUGACCCACCGACGAAGGUAGGCUUUGGUGCAGCGGAAGCAGCUACGGUGAUGAAGAACUUGAUGAAACGUAUUGGUCACCCUCAAUUCUUCUUAGCGUCGGGAGACAUCACACAUGUCGGUGCAAUGAUGGCGACUUUGUACCCUCACGUUGUAUUAGGAUUCUUCGCAAAUAAUUUGGUUUCCUACAAUCCUUUAUCUUGGGGUCUUUGGGUUGCUGGAGCCUUAUCCCCGUCAUUAUUGGCAGAUAAGACAUAUCAGAACAAAAUGUAUCCACUUGGGUCCACUAUCACAAGCUUUUUGGCUGAAACUGGUUUUGUGCACAUCCUUGCUACCCAACCCGAUGCAAUUGGUGUAGCAAUGAAUGAAUCUCCAACUGGUAUGAUGGCGUUUAUAUUACAAGUGUCACAAUGGUUGGCCAAUAACGCUAGUGUGUACCAACCUGAUGGAGGUCUUGGACUCGUCAAUCGUGAUGAGGCUUUAGAUUCAGUCAAUAUUUACUGGUUUAGCAACUGCUUAACUUCUGCCGGCCGACUCUAUUCAGAAACAUUCAACAACAGAACUUAUCAAGAAGAAAUUUACGCAAGGAAAACCCACGUGCCAACUUGGAUUAUAACUGCCAACAGCUCAGCUAUAACUCAAGCCCCAGCUCAAUACGCCAUAAAAUACAAAUGUUUACUGCAAACCACAUACCUUGACAAAUAUGGUCUCUUUUUAGCAAAUCAAGCUCCAGAUUAUUACGCGAACAGCAUUCACAAUGCCGUCAGCUUCAUGCAAGCCUGUCACCUCAGCAAUGUCUAUAGCGACUAUCAACAGUUAUAG